CUGAUCCUCUGAGCUGGACGUCUGAAGCGAUGAUCACAAACAUGAUUGUGUUGCUGUGUUUGUCUGCGCUGUUUCCCGUGUUGAUGGGCACUGAAGAGGUCAAAUCCAAUUGUCUUCUUGCCAAAGACUGCUCUGAUGUUUAUGCGUGUGGAUAUAGUACCAGUGGCGUGUACUCCGUCUCCUCAGUAGAUGGACCGCUGCAGGUUUACUGUGAGAUGGUCUCCGGCGGACAAAAUGACAGAGGACACUGGACGGUGAUUCUCAGGCGGAUGGACGGCGAGGUGAAUUUCUUUAGGCCGUGGAAGAGUUAUAAAUGGGGUUUUGGUAAUAAAGACGGCGAAUACUGGCUGGGCGUAGAGUUCAUUCAUCAGCUGACGCGCAGGCAUCAGUAUAAACUCAGAGUGGAUUUGGAAGACUUUGAAGGGCAGAAGGCUUACGCUGUAUACAAGUCUUUCUCUGUGGACUCUGAGGCUGAUGGGUACAAACUGCAUGUGAGCGGCUUUGUAGAUGGAGGAGCAGGUGACUCCUUGAGUCCACACAAUGGAAUGAAGUUCUCCACCUUUGACAAAGACCAAGAUCUUUCAGCAGACAACUGCGCUUUGAAAUACUAUCAAGGAGGAUUUUGGUACAACAAAUGUUAUUACACAAACCCCACUGGUAACUAUCUGUGGGAGAAAGAUAAUAGAGUGACAAAUACUGGAGCCACCUGGUACUACUGGAAGAAGAGCUGGAAUUCUCUGAAGUCCAUCAGCAUGAAGAUCAGACGCGUGAAGUAGAGCAGGGUUUCCUUCCUUUAUAUGUGCUUCACGAGCCUUAAUGCUUCACUGCAGCUUGUGCACGCAUCCACAACUUUUAUGCAUGUAUGUGGAUCUUUAUUAAAAUAUGGUGACAAACAAUUCCCUUGACUUUUAAUGAUGAAAAAUAUUUUUAAACAUCAAUAAACCCCA